AUUUAAGCCGAGGUGAAGGCCACCUGAAGACAGUUGAACUUUCGGUUCCAUUUUCAUUGCAACGAAGUCGGAACUAAAAUCGGAAUGAAUAUAGCCAUUGUUCAAGUAUCUUUAUUUGUUUUUUUGUGCUUUCUGGCUGGAUCGAUGGCGCAGGAUCAAGCAAGAAGUCCAUCCACGUCCCCCUCGACCCCGACUGUUCCCACUUCCUCCUCCGACGAUAAGCUCGAUGUGGACUUUGAAGAUGAUGAUGACCCCGAGAGUGGUUCUUCUGCAACCGAAGCCCCAGUGGGAGCCCAGGCAAUAAAUACGACUGCUGUUACAAUUGUUCCUGGAACUGUUCCUACUCUUCCCACUACAACUGUUUCCACCAAAAUACCAAAUACGAAAAUACUUUUCGCUAAGAACACCGCUGCCCUUAACCUAUCAGUGAUAUUGCUCAGCGAUAUCCUUGCCAUUAACAGAAACAUCACUUGGAGUCUUGAAAAACAAAAGGAAUUUUUACCCGUGAUACGCUAUGCCGAAGGACUCGUGCUCAAUGCCACAAGAAAUUCUUUCCUCAGAGAGGCUGAGCUCCUUCGUAGCUUUGUCAAGGCCAUCCGCAAGAUUGGUGGGGAUGCAAGUCACAUAAUCGAUGACGUCGCCUAUAUGCUCCAAUUGCAGAAUGAGACCAAGGAAAAAAUCAGCAGUUGUUCUGGGAAAAUUUGGGAUAUUCAGAGCAAGAUGAUCCGCAGCUCAAAGGGAUUCGAUCAGAAGCUAAAUCGUUUGCGCCAAAUUAUUCAGCAGAGUAUCAAACCCAAGGUUCUGAACCUCAAUCUAACAGCCGGCAGCAUUAACAGCUCCCAAGUCAACUCUUUGGCUGAACUGGAGAAUCUCCCUAUCGUGAGGAAGAACAGCAAGAGCAGCGUAGCUCAGUUAGCAUCCCUGGAAUACCAAUUGGCCAUCCUCAACCAAACCCAGAAGAGGAGUAUGGAUAGUCUGAGAGAAGGUGUCCAGAAGUGGGCUCCUACCAACCUCAGUUCGAUCAACGAUCAGCUUCAAUCACUGAUCAUCUCCCAAAAACGCACGCAACUGGAUUUGGCUCUAUGCGAUGGGGACUCAUCGAAGAAGUAUCACGCUCCUUCAGCAGAUGAGGAAGUGGUAUACGGAACUAUUGUUUUUGAUGGCUUCUUUGAUACUCGAGAACUAGAUCCUCAGCUGACAUCGAAUGCUGCAUCCGAAAGAUACGUCCAAGCGGGUGUGUCACCCAAAAUUUCAUGGUAUAAUGCGGCUCAAACCCAAACGGGUGGAAGAAAUUGAACCAAAGGAACCGAAAAUCUUUAGAUUAAAGCUCAGUUGUGAAGUUAAAGCUGUAUUUUUAUUGAAUAAAGGCUAUAAAA